GGUGCUGGUAAAAUUGCCCGUGAGCAACACAAGCGAAUCUAUUGGGAGACUUGAAGUGGCAUAUCCUUUCCGGUUUCCCCCCACCCCACUAUCGAUCCAAGGCAGUACCUGUUAGAAUUCAACCUGUCGAUAUCCGGAUGUAGUUUGUUUAGCAGGGACGCAUGUUGUGUUUCGCUCCCUUCAUCAAGUUGAUUCAGAGAUAGCCUGCAUCGGUCACGUAACAAGAUUAAGCUUCGGUUUGUCGUCCUUGCAUCCUACUACAAGAUCGCACCCCCACCGUAGCAUGCACAAAUGCUUGGAUGUUCCAAGCACUUGCUUUGAAUAUAUUUCGUUCGUCCAGAGGAGCCUUAGGAUCCCCAAGGUCGAUGCUCCGGUAUGAACGACAAGUCACGCGGUGUCACUACCGAAACCAGUAAUGUAAGUCCAAACCCCCGAUCCCUGUUAACCAUGACACCACAAUGCUCUCAUGAAUCCAGCUCGCGGAAACCUCGCAAAUCACACUUGUCGACCGUUAGGACUCUGAGACUGCAAGGGUAAGCUGCUCGCAGAGUGAGUACUCGGGACGAAGUGUUUUUUAGAAGCUGUUGAAGCUGUUUUUAGAAGCUGUACCGAGGGUAGGACCCCGAGACCGAAGUGGUAGUAUGAGAUAGAAACCUGUAGAGCUGCUUCAAGUUUGUUCAGCACAUCGCUCCGAGGGUAGCUCGAGGCAUCAGCAAUGAAACCCUCAUUACAUCACAGACCUCGGUACUGGUCGUGCCUGACGUUUGUAUCACUCUCACGGUCAUCAACUGCUACCUGCAUGCGAGCUCGGGCUUGCCAAGUUCUUCGUCCGGACCGCGCACAAGAGUUUGGACCCCUUAAAAUUUGGUAAAUCUCGGCAUCCUUCGAGUCUAGCCACAGGCAUCGAAAACUACACAUCAGAAACAAGAGACAGAACUGCAGAAACAAGAGACAGGCAUCAUGGCAGCACCAUCGCCAUCGCCUCCUCGUGGCCAAAUCUCACAAGCCUCAUUUGAUAGACACCAUGCCGAUCAUCCGGAGUCGCCUGCUGAGCAGUAUCUGGAUUCUCCAAACACGAUGUGGCGAGCUAUGCAUGGAGACGAAGACUUCAUGAUGCAGGAGAGGUCGCCGGCUGCGGAUUUUCCGAGUCCGACUUUUCAACACAUACCCUGGAUGAACCCAGACUUAUCGCAGGAGGACGACGACUUCGAGAUGGAAGAGAGGCAGUAUCAAGGCUUGGAGCUAGAUCCGGAGCCGGAUGAUUUACCCCAGGACGACGACGGCGCCAUGGUAGAUCUGCUGGACUAUCUCGACCGGGAAGAUAAUCCAGGCCUCGGAGUUUACUUACAAUUAUCUCCUCCACCUCCGCUACCACCGGGAUCUCCACCUCGGACACCUCCUCCACCUCGGUCACCGGGAUCUCCACCUCGGUCACCGGGUUGGCAACCUCCGCUACCUAUCGGACCUCCGCCACCUCCACCACCUCCGCCACCUCUGUGGCCCCCUCACCCUCCUCCACCUCGGUCACCGGGAUCUCCACCUCGGUCACCGGGUUGGCAACCUCCGCUACCUAUCGGACCUCCGCCAGCUCCACCACCUCCGCCACCUCUGUGGCCCCCUCACCCUCCCAGCCCGCCGGGCCCCGUUGCGUUGCUUCCAGAAGCGCCACCAGACCGCCCACCAGGGGUACACCGACACAGUCGCUUCUGCCCCUAUAAAUGGAAAGCGCCGACGGUCCGGCCCAUAUCCAGAGAACAAGGGCGACGGCAACGUCUCAUAAACGCCGGCGUCUGGCAGUUCGUUUCCUACGAGUUCCCCAAAGUGAGAAGGAGUUUCAUACUGGACCAGUUCCCGGACAUCUACUGGUCGAUGGACCUGAACGCGAUAGUCGUAGAGCCGUCGGAGCCGUAUAUGGGCCGACGCAUUCCCCGCAGGACAAUCACCAUAGACUUCAUCCUGGAAAUCUGGCCCGAUUUGCCGUGCGGUAGAACUUAUGAACAUGCUGAGGGAGACCAAAGGCUUUGCUACCCCACGGAUUACCGGAACUACGAGUUCUGGAGAAAUACCCUCCGCUACUUCGCCCUUUGGCCGUGCGGGGACAACGAUAUGCUCGGCGACGUGGCAGUCCUCGACUCGUGCUUUCACAAGCCGCUCUACACGUUUCUCUUACGGAUAGCGUACAUCUUUGGCUGGCUGGGCUUUCCCGCCCUGUUCCCGGCCACCUACUUUCCCAUGACCAUGGUGACCUUCUUGACCGGUCGCCCCUUACCCUGGGGCGACCUGCUGAUGCGGGAGUUGGAACUAGAUGUUAGGUACCGCCGGGACUGUCCGCAGGCGGUUAGAGUAUGGAAGGUGAUCUGGGAUCGUGUGCUGGCCGAAGACGGGCCGGUUGAGGCACCGGUGCAGGAAAGACGAUACAACUACGAGAACUAUCUGUUCCUGUGCCGAGCCGCAAAUGUGCCUUACAAUACGCUUGUAGAUGAGCGUGACAGGCCCCACUUCUAUGUCUGGAAUAUAUCUCCUUAUAGCCCCGCGAGCUUUGACGCCACCCUGCUCGAAGGUGCUUGUCGAGAAAACCAUAAUCAUCCUCCCGAUUAUACUUUUUAGAGACUACCACCUCACUGACCGAGAUGUUCAUCCAUUCUGUCACACUGCGGUCGUUCGGCCCAAGAUUCUAAUUUCGAUCCGCUCGAUUGCUCGAUGUUACUUCCGAGGUCCCCGCCAGUACAAUCCUCGAUCAAAAGGUAAGGGCAUGUUCUCUAAUUGAAGGGUUCGUUAACCAGUAACCAGCAGUCUUGACUGACGUAUACUGCAAUUGACAUUCAUGUGCGGGACAAUUGGUACAUCAAUCUCGUUCCGGAGCCCGAUGGAGAACCAACAGCUCGAGAGGUAAAAAUAUAGCCACUGCGCAUUUACUCGAUGAGUUUAAGGUCUGAAAUAGGGUGACCUUUUUUAUUCUAAUUCCUAGAACUUACAACUUACUUUGUUUUAGGAUCCCCAAUGAAUCACUGCAGAGAGAGGACUUCGGAACAGAUAAUACAACUUCAAUAUUCUAAUUCUGAUUUUGAUAACUAGUGACCUAAAAAACUACUUUUCAUGUCAUGUAAAUUCAAUGCUUGAUCUUUGGAUUAAUCUAAAUUACGAAGCCAAUUUAAUUGAAAAAAAUUUGU